GCGGAAUAUAGUGUGAGUUUGUGUAACUAUCGCUGGUGAUCGACGCAAGAUGGCAGGUCCGUCGUCACCGACGACACCAAGCAGCCCCUUUGACGACUCUGCUGCCGUCGUUCAGUCCAUGCUCACUGGCUUUGCAGCUGGAGGCGCCGCUGGAGGAAGCUGGGGUGCACUGCUUGCCGUGGUACGAGGUGAACCGGUGGCCUUCUACGCUGCCUCAGUUGGGGCCAACGUUGCGGUUGUGUCUGCAGCAUACGUGACUUUCCACGAAAUCAUCGCAAAGCGGCGCGGCAAGCGAGAUCUGACCAGCUACGUCCUUCCUGGAACCAUUACUGGUGGAGGUCUACUCGGGCUUGUGGGCUCACCAAUUCGUGCCGUCCAAGGCGCCGCAGCGGGGUCAGCCCUCGGGGCAGGUGUCUUCUUCGGUUUGAAAUACUUUGACGAGUGGCGGCAAGCCACGGCCAUUGAGCGGUACAUCGCAAAGUACGGACCGGACGCGAUUCACGACCUGCCGUCGCAUGCUGCAGCCUCCUCGACUCCGUUCCAGGCCCCUGCAAUCAGCAGCAUCGGGUUGCAAGGGCUGAUUCCGUCCUUCGUUGACAUUCCCGAAGACGAAAUCGAAGCUCGUAUUCAAGCCCGCCUCCAACAACUUCUUCAAGAUGACAUUGCCACCAAAACUGGCCCAGAGUAAUGCACUCCACAGAGAAAACGUCGUCGUUUCCAUCUCACGACACCGAAUGCUCGAAAGUACAUCAACAGCACGACCACGGCGACACAUUAUUAGGAGGUUGAGUUCACAUUGUCAGGGCAGGUCGCCUGCAAGCCCCCGAGACGUGCGGCCACCACGUCACCCACCUCCACAUUUUGACUUCGCCUAAGUCGCAGCAAGCAUUUGAUUCACA